UCGCGGACACGUUGAAACAACACUAUAAAAGAAACAGGAUAAUGGAGUUCCAAUGUCAGACUCUGCGUACUCAGAGGGCGGGAAGCACACAUCACGAUGGAUGUCGGUGAUAAAACAGACUGUAAAGACAUGGAGGAGGGUACCACGUUUCCAGUACAGCGAAAGAAGAAAUCAACCAAGAAAUAUCCGGGAUUUGUGAGGAACUUAGGCAACUAUAUUACGGAAUACACCGAAAAUUCUAGUUUGCAUGGAGUGAGAUACCUGGGUGAAACGAAGAGGAAUAUUUUUGAGCGAUUAUGGUGGCUCAUCGUCUUUGUCGUCUCUUUAUAUGUCUGUGUGGAUUUGAUUUUGAAAACAUACCACAAAUGGGACAGUAGCCCAGUCAUUGUGAGUUUUGCGCAGAGUCCAACUCCAGUAUGGCAGAUACCGUUUCCUGCAGUGACCAUUUGCCCAGAGACAAAAGCGCGUCAAUCUGUAUUCAAUUUCACAGAUUGUUACAACAGACAACUGGACCUCAACCUGACCAUGGACGAAUUGAAGCAAUACCAGAAGGUAUCCCUGGUCUGCGACAAUCACCUAUACACAGAAGGCAAUGAGACCACGGAUUACAGCACCAUUGACUUUCUCGCCGAAAUAGCCCCACCGUUUUCGCAGGUUUUCUGGACUUGUAUGUGGACUAAUCAUAAUCACACCUGCGAUACGCUAUUCACACCGGUACUGACCGAAGAAGGUGUGUGCUAUACCUUCAACAUGUUGGAUCGCGAUGAUAUAUUCACCAAUGAGGUGUACCAUAACAAAGAAUUUCUGCAUCACAACUUUGAUCGGCACGGGUGGACUCUGGAAGAUGGAUAUGCAAAGGACGCAGGUAAAGAUACAUUCCCAAAUCGCGCAAUGUCCUCGGGACAGAGUGCUGGUAUGUCCAUGUUACUACGAGCCUUCGAUUAUGAUCUGGAUUAUAUCUGUAAGGGCCCCGUGCAGGGUUUCAAGAUUCUACUUCAUCAUCCUGGUGAAGUACCCAGAGUAUCAACGCAGUAUUUCCGUGCGCCGUUGAAUCAAGAAGUUAUCGUUAAUGUCAAACCGGAUAUGAUGACCACGUCGGACAGUCUUCGGGAUUACGAUCCGCACAGACGAAAGUGCUACUUUUCCACUGAACGUGAACUGAGAUUCUACCAGAACUACACUCAACAGAACUGUGAAGUGGAGUGCCUCACAAAUUUCACAUACAAUUAUUGUGGAUGCGUUGCUUAUCACAUGCCACAUGACGAAUCUACACCAAUUUGUGCAAGCGGGAAGCAAUUUUGCAUGCAUGAAGCAAGAAGUGAAUUACUCGCCAAGCAGGUAACCACAGGUUUAGAGAAACAGAACGCUGGCGACUCUGCAACUCCACAGGCGAAUAUAGAAUGCGAUUGCCUACCAGCUUGCACCUCUCUCACAUACAACGCGGAAAUGUCGCAAGCCGAUUUUAACUGGCCCGCAGUUUUCCAGGCCUUCAGAUCGAACGUGUCAGAAUUUCCCGGAGUACAAAUAACACGCCUUACCAUCUUCUUUAAAGAAAUGCAGUUUAUCACCUCCACACGCAACGAACUCUACGGUUUGACAGAUUUUCUCGCCAACUGUGGAGGAUUGCUUGGACUCUUCAUCGGGUUCUCAUUUCUUUCCGCAGUGGAAACUCUGUAUUUCCUGACGUUCCGCCUCUGGUGCAAUAUGCGUCGGCAUGGUAGGCACUACUGGAGUGGUUCUCCGAAUCUUAUCACCAGUGACAAGUACGAUUAUAACAAAUAACUCCCUUAUUUAUAUAGAGCCAUACUUCAUGGUAUAUCAACAUAUUAUAUCAACAAUCGUUUGAUCAAACUUUAAAGUAUCAAAUACUAUUUCAUGCACGUGAAUGUUAUUUGGCAAAUAAUGAAAUUCCUCAUUCAAUUUAGUGAUAUGAUUGAUGGUAAUACCUAAACAAUCAUCAAGUGUCACCUUCACCUACCAGUCAUAGUAUUGCGCUUUCCCUUUAAUUUUGUGACUGAUACGAAUUGAAUUUGCAUUCGGCACACGCAAAUAUUGAUGUUUACGCGUAAUACGCAGCAGCGUUUUUUGUAAUUUAUAUGUGAACAAGCACACUGUUUAUAUAACAUACUUUUUGGAAAGCAUUAAACUUUAUCCAACGAUAAACAAA